AUGGAAAUAAUUCGAAAAUUUCUUAAAUUUUUUGCGAUUUUGUUUUUGAUAUAUCAUUACGCCGAAGCUCAUCUACCAAGAUGUACAUAUGACUUUAUUGUGAUUGGAGCUGGAUCUGCUGGAAGUAUUGUUGCUAGUCGCCUUUCAGAAAAUCCGAAUGUCCGCGUUUUAUUGCUGGAAGCUGGUCAAAUGGAGAAACAUCCAUUAGGUUUUGUGCCAGUGGCGUCAUUAAUACUCCAGGAAAGUUCUGUGUGGAAUUGGAAAUAUAAGUCAGAGCGAUCCGAUAGGAGUUGUCUCGGUAUGGUCAAUCAAGAAUGUUGCAUAUCGAAAGGAAAAGGUCUUGGUGGAUCAUCAAUUAUAAACGAUAUGAUGUAUGUACGUGGAAAUAAAGCGGAUUUCGAUGGAUGGGGUCUUACUGGUUGGAGUUGGGAUGAUGUUUUGCCGUAUUUUAUGAAAGCCGAACGAAAUACCUUAGAUUCUGCAAGAGGAAAAUUCGAUCCUAAUGUUCAUGGCACGGAGGGAAAAAUGAAUACAGACUUUGUGCCAUAUCGCACAAAACUUAUGGAAGAUAUUUAUGAAGCAGGCAAAUUUGAAGGAUAUGCAUGGGAUUUCGAUUAUAACAAUGGAAGUCAGUUGGGAGUGCAUUUUUUGCAAACUUUUACACGCAAUGGAAGUCGAGAAGAUACAGGAACGAGAUACAUUGAAGAUGUUCUUCCGCGAUCCAAUUUAGUUUUGCGUGUCAACUCGCACGUGACGAAGAUAUUAUUUAAAGGAAAAAAAGCGACAGGAGUUUUGUAUAAAUGGCAGGGACAAACCUUCAAAGCGACGGCUACGAAAGAAGUAAUUUUAAGUGCUGGUGCAUACAACUCCCCGCAACUUUUGAUCUUGAGUGGCAUUGGACCGCAAGAAACUUUAAAAAAAUUUAAAAUUCAUUCGGUAAAAUAUUUGCCAGUAGGUCAAAACUUGCAAGAUCAUCCUGUUACCAUAGGUUCCAUGUACGUUUUGAACACCACCGGAAAUUUCCCGUCUAUUAGCGAUCCUGAUGUGUUCAACGACUUUUUGCUGAAUUUUAAUCAACCGAAUCCCUUACAUAUUCCCAAUGCAGAAGGCAUAUUUUUCGAUAGAAUGGCUGAUUCUCCGUUGCCUGCUGGAGUUCCCGACGUGGAAAUAUAUAUAUCACCCGGAAGUGCAAUCGGUAGUUAUGCGCGAGAUGCGUUCUGCAUUGAUCCAAGUUUUUAUGAUAAAGCAUUUGCGGGCUUGAUAAACGUUGUAAAUGAUACAAUUUCUCUUGCUCCAAUGUUACUUCAUCCAAAAACGCGGGGUUAUGUUACGAUUCGUGAUACAAAUCCUUUCUCGAAACCCAUCAUCCGUAAUUUCAUGCUCGAAGACCCAUACGACAGGAAAGCAAUGCUUUUUGGAAUUCGAAGCUCACGAAAAAUUGCCGAGUCAGCAGCUUUUGCAAAAUACAAUCCCCAACUCUAUCUAUAUGAUAUUCCGGCAUGUAAUGAUUUCGAACCUGAUAGUAAUGAAUAUUGGUACUGCGUCAUGGAUUACAUAACAGUACCACAGUAUCACGAUUCGGGAACAUGUCGCAUGGGCGCCGAAAACGACGAAAGGACGGUCGUUACGCCAGAUUUGAAGGUUAAAGGUGUUCAGAAGUUGAGAGUUGUUGAUGCUUCGAUAAUUCCGUUUCUCAAUUCAGGACAUACGGCUUCGCCUACUAUGAUGAUUGCUGAAAAGGCGGCCGAUCUCAUCAAGUUGGAGCAUGGAAUAUAA